AUGAUGGCUAGGCUGCCUCUGGUAUCCCUGCGCCUCGCGCCGUUCCGGCCAUCGGCUCGGCCCAUCGCCCGUUCGAUGCGGCGCCCGCUCUCGAUGAACGCUCCGCAGCCCUCUCCUGCGCAGCAAGGCUGGGGCCUGGCACCGAUACCGUGCUCCUUCUACCGCGGCGGGACUUCGAAAGGCCUGCUAUGGCCGGCGUCGACCUUGGCUCGGUUCCCUUCCGAUGUGCGGGACAAGAUCAUCUGCAGCGCAAUGGGAUCCCCGGACCCGGACAAGCGCCAGAUUGACGGCCUGGGAGGCGGCAUCAGCUCGCUCUCCAAGACGGCCGUCGUGGGGCCACCAUCGUCGUCGCUCAGCCGCGAGGUGCAGCGGCGAGGCGACAAUCACCGCUGGGUCGGCGACGUCGGCGAGUGGAUCGACGACGAGGUCAGGGCGGCAGCAGACGACGCCGGCGGCUGGGACGUCGUCUACCGCUUCGGACAGGUCCCCGUCGAGAAGGGCAAUCAGAUCGACUGGUCGAGCACCUGCGGCAACCUCGUUUCGGCCGUGGCGCUCUUUGCACUUCAGGAAGGCGUCGUCCCGCAGGCAAAGGUCCGGGCCCACUUUGCUAGGACUCAGCCCGCGCGGCCAAUCCCAGAGGACGGCGACACGACCAUGUUCCCCGUGCGCAUUCUCGCCGCUUCGUCGGGCCACAUCGUGAUCGCCAGCGUGCCCAUGAUCGCUGUGAGCAGCCGCGGCCAGGCGGGACGGCAAGUCGCCUGGCACCCCGAAGUGACGGGCACCACCACCAUCUCUGGCGUACCGGGCAAGGCGCCCGGGAUCCUCGUCUCGACGCCCCUUGACACGUCGGUCCUCCUGCCCACCGGCCGGUCCCUCGACAGCCUGACGGUGCAGGGCCACACCUUGCCGCUGACCGUCAUCAAUGCAGGGCUGCCCACCAUCUUCCUCCCGGCCUCGUCGAUCCCAUCCUCGAUCCUUGACGCCGACGCGCUGCCGACCCUCUCGCCGUCAGACCUCGACGCCAACCGCCCUCUGAUGAACCUGCUGGAGGAGGUCCGGCAGGCGACGGCCACCCUCUCGCCGGCGCUCGCCAAAGCCAUGUCGCCGUCGGCGCCAAAGAUCUGCCUCGUCCACCCCUCGCAGCCGCAGGGCUACGCCACCACGGGCGGCCAACGGGUCGAGGGAGACGAGAUGCACAUCCUCAUCCGCGCUGUCAGCGUCGGCAACGUCCAUCGCACCGUGCCGGCCACGUGCCUCUCUGCGCUGGCGUGCGGCCGAGCGUUUGCCGAUUCGACCAUCGAGCAGGCCGUGCGGCAAUCGAGCUGCGGCCCGGCGGCGGCCGAGGACGAAGAAGGCAUCCGCAGCAUCUCGGUCGGCCAGCCGGCGGGCGUCUCUUCGGCUUCGAUCCGAUUGGUGAAAGCGGAUGGCGGAGGCGAGGUGCCGGAAUCGAUCGUCUAUUACCGCACCGCGAGGAGGAUAAUCAAGGGGAGCAUCGACGUACCGGCCGAGCUGAUACGGGAUCAUAAAGAGGAAUAG